GCUGGGGGUUGGGGGGGUGGCCGGCUGCUGUAGGUUGGACGGGGGUCAGAGUUGCGUGGAGGGGAGACAAGCCCAUCAGGGGGGCUGAAGACAAGACAGACAGAGACAAGCUGGUGGAGAGACUGAGGAGGAAAUCCCCUACGUGUGAAAGAGACCCCCUGGAAAGAACGCACCGGCCCCUGGCCCCCAGGAAGGGAGCAAGAUGGAGGCCGCACACUCCAAGACCACGGAGGAAUGCCUGGCCUAUUUUGGGGUGAAUGAGAACAGUGGCCUCAACCCUGACCAAGUUAAACGACACCUCGAGAAGUAUGGGCCCAAUGAACUCCCUGCGGAAGAAGGCAAGUCCCUGUGGGAGCUGGUGGUCGAGCAGUUUGAAGACCUCCUCGUUCGCAUUCUUCUCCUGGCUGCCUGCAUUUCCUUUGUGCUGGCCUGGUUUGAGGAAGGCGAGGAGACCAUCACAGCGUUUGUGGAGCCCUUCGUCAUCCUCCUCAUCCUCAUCGCCAAUGCCAUUGUUGGGGUUUGGCAGGAGCGGAAUGCAGAGAAUGCCAUUGAAGCUCUUAAGGAGUAUGAGCCUGAGAUGGGCAAAGUGUACAGGGCUGACCGAAAGUCUGUGCAGCGGAUUAAGGCCCGGGACAUCGUCCCCGGAGACAUUGUGGAGGUGGCUGUGGGUGACAAAGUUCCUGCAGAUAUCCGUAUCCUGUCCAUCAAAUCCACCACCCUUCGGGUUGACCAGUCCAUCCUGACAGGUGAGUCUGUAUCUGUCAUCAAGCACACAGAACCUGUCCCUGACCCACGAGCUGUCAACCAGGACAAGAAGAAUAUGCUUUUCUCGGGCACCAACAUUGCAGCAGGCAAGGCAGUAGGUAUCGUGGCAACCACUGGAGUGAGCACAGAGAUUGGGAAAAUUCGGGACCAGAUGGCGGCCACUGAGCAGGAGAAGACGCCCUUGCAGCAGAAGCUGGAUGAGUUUGGGGAGCAGUUGUCUAAAGUUAUCUCUUUGAUCUGUGUGGCCGUCUGGCUCAUCAACAUCGGCCACUUCAACGACCCUGUCCACGGGGGCUCCUGGUUCCGAGGUGCCAUCUACUACUUUAAGAUAGCUGUGGCCUUGGCCGUGGCUGCUAUCCCCGAAGGUCUGCCCGCCGUCAUCACCACCUGUUUGGCCCUGGGCACCCGCCGGAUGGCCAAAAAGAAUGCGAUUGUGAGGAGCCUGCCCUCUGUAGAAACCCUGGGCUGCACCUCAGUCAUCUGUUCUGACAAGACAGGCACCCUCACCACCAACCAGAUGUCUGUCUGCAAGAUGUUUGUCAUUGAUAAGGUAGAGGGGGAUUUCUGCUCUCUGAAUGAAUUUACCAUCACCGGUUCCACUUAUGCCCCUGAGGGUGAAGUCUUGAAGAACGACAAGCCAGUGCGGGCAGGUCAGUACGAUGGGCUGGUAGAGCUGGCCACCAUCUGUGCCCUCUGCAAUGACUCCUCCUUGGACUUCAAUGAGUCCAAAGGUGUUUAUGAAAAGGUCGGGGAGGCUACAGAGACAGCACUCACCACCCUGGUGGAGAAGAUGAAUGUGUUCAACACAGAUGUGAGAAAUCUCUCCAAGGUGGAGAGGGCCAAUGCCUGCAACUCUGUGAUCCGCCAGCUGAUGAAGAAGGAAUUCACCUUGGAGUUUUCCCGUGACAGGAAGUCCAUGUCUGUCUAUUGCUCCCCAGCCAAGUCUUCCCGGGCUGCUGUAGGAAACAAGAUGUUUGUCAAGGGUGCUCCUGAGGGGGUCAUUGACCGUUGUAAUUAUGUGCGGGUUGGCACAACAAGGGUGCCGCUAACAACGCCAGUGAAGGACAAGAUCAUGACUGUGAUCAAGGAGUGGGGCACAGGCCGGGACACCUUACGAUGCUUGGCCUUGGCCACCCGGGACGCUCCACCCAGGCGGGAGGAGAUGUCACUAGAUGAUUCGGCCAAGUUCAUGGAAUAUGAGACGGAUCUGACAUUUGUUGGGGUAGUGGGGAUGUUGGACCCACCCCGCAAGGAGGUCAUGGGUUCUAUCCAGUUGUGCCGUGAUGCGGGAAUUCGAGUCAUCAUGAUCACAGGUGACAACAAGGGCACAGCUAUCGCCAUCUGCCGUCGCAUCGGUAUCUUUGGGGAGAAUGAGGAGGUGACAGGCCGAGCCUAUACAGGGCGUGAAUUUGAUGAUCUGCCCCUGGGAGAGCAGCGGGAUGCCUGUCGCCGUGCCUGCUGCUUUGCCCGGGUGGAACCUUCCCACAAAUCUAAGAUCGUUGAGUUCUUGCAGUCUUUCGAUGAGAUCACUGCAAUGACAGGGGAUGGGGUGAAUGAUGCCCCGGCUCUGAAGAAGGCUGAGAUUGGAAUUGCCAUGGGCUCUGGCACUGCUGUGGCUAAGACUGCGUCCGAGAUGGUGCUAGCAGAUGACAACUUCUCCACCAUCGUGGCUGCUGUAGAGGAGGGGCGUGCCAUUUACAACAACAUGAAGCAGUUUAUCAGAUACCUCAUCUCCUCCAACGUCGGGGAGGUUGUCUGUAUCUUCCUGACAGCAGCCUUGGGCUUGCCUGAGGCCCUGAUCCCUGUACAACUGUUAUGGGUAAAUCUGGUGACUGAUGGGCUUCCAGCCACAGCCCUGGGCUUCAACCCUCCAGAUCUGGACAUCAUGGACCGUCCCCCGAGAAGCCCCAAGGAGCCCCUCAUCAGUGGCUGGCUCUUCUUCCGCUACAUGGCUAUUGGGGGUUAUGUGGGUGCAGCCACCGUAGGUGCAGCAGCUUGGUGGUUCUUGUAUGCGGACGAUGGGCCUCACGUCACCUACAGCCAGCUGACUCACUUCAUGCAAUGCACAGAGGAUAACCCUGACUUUGAGGGUCUGGACUGUGAGGUCUUUGAGGCCCCUGAGCCCAUGACUAUGGCCUUGUCUGUGCUGGUCACCAUUGAGAUGUGCAAUGCUCUCAACAGCCUCUCAGAGAACCAGUCCCUACUUCGGAUGCCCCCCUGGGUGAACAUCUGGCUCCUUGGGUCCAUUUGCCUUUCCAUGUCUCUCCAUUUCCUUAUCCUUUACGUCGACCCCCUACCGAUGAUUUUCAAACUGCGGGCACUGGAUGUAACCCAGUGGUUGAUGGUCCUCAAGAUCUCACUGCCUGUCAUUGGUCUGGAUGAACUCCUCAAGUUUGUUGCCCGGAACUACCUGGAGGGGUAACCUGUUUUUCCCUCCUUCAUCUCUUUGAGUCCGUGUCACAGAUCCAGAAGAUGAAAGAAGGAAGUAACCAGCCCCCUGGUCCCCAAUACCCUUCACAGCCACCUUCUCCCAACCUGGUAGAGAAAUACAUCUUCGGCGGGUGAUGUGGCACAGCCUCCCAGGAUUCUUUCCCCCAAAGCCUUCCCUCCCCCAUUCUCUCCUCUGCUCCCACCCUCCCAGUCCCUCUUUCAUUUUUCUGUUUAUAAAACACAACUUCAACCCUAUCUCCCCCUAUCCCUCUUCCCACCUCAGGCUCCCUCCCUCUUUUUACCCACCCACUGGCCCUGCUGCAGGGGCUGUAGGGACAAGGCGACCCUCUGAGCUGCUAAUUUAUUGACAUUAAAGGAGAGCAAACUCUG